UUCGCUGCCUCAAUCGCGCCUCGCUCGUUGGCCAGGCAGCUGCUCCCAGUGUCCCAGCGACCCACCCUGGCGGAUCCUCUCGCCUCCUGGCCGGCUCAGGAUUUACGUGUAAAGGACACCCAAGUGACUGCAACUGAACCCGAAACCGAAACCGAAACCGAAACUGAACACAAAGCGACGCCUGUUUUGUUUGCCGGCGAGUGAGGAGUGCCUCUGGUUUUUUUCUCAGUGUAUCCAGUAUCCAGUGGUGGUGCCGGCGGGCUGCGCGGGUGAAUCCCAGUGAACCCCCGGCGAGCGGUGCCGCGUUAUUUCCGCUUCCGCGUGCGUGCAAUUAGCGGCGGCGGUCCCGAGACAAUGUCUGGAGGACGCAACCCAGGACCCAGGGCGGUCCGCCAGCUGGCCCUGCUUCUCGUGCUGCUCGGGGGGCUCCUGGCCGCGGCCGAAGCCACAGGCGGAAAUGACGCCAUUUCCUUGGCGCCCAAACUGAAGCCAGCUGACGGCAAGGAUCUGCAGCAGCAGGACGGCGAGGACGAGGGAGGAGCCCGCCCGGACAAGGACUUCGACUUUGCGGCCUACGUGAACGAUUUCAAUUUGCAAGAAGAGGCCUCCAUUCCGGAGGACAUAUUUGACCAGCACGACGGCGACAUUGAAGACGAGGAUGCCGGCGUCUCCGCCCAACUGCAGUACCCCUCGGCCCCGCUAGGCCCAGGCCCCAGCCAGGACGACGAUCAGGACCCAGACCCGGAGAAGCAGCUCCCAGCGGAAGCAGAUCAGGAGCAGGACGAGUCCGAUGACGACGCCUCCGAGGCAGCUGAUAUUAUACUCGAGUCCCAGAGGCCCACCUCGAGGAAUUUCAGUGUCUACCUGGACGCCAAGAAGUACCCGAACAACAAUGCCAGCAAGCGUUCCAAGGACAAGGACUGGGCGAAGGAUAAGGACAAGGGCAGGAAGAACAACUUAAGCCACUACAACUACAAAUUGAAAAACAAUAAGGAGCGAGUUGCCGAUAAGGAGGCUCCUGCCCCAGCCCCCUCCGCCGGGAAGUCAAGGGAAGCCAAUGGCGGGGACGGGGAUGCAGAUUUUCCAUCGAAACUCGCAUCCUCCGCCGCCUCAUCCGUGGAGGAGCAGGAGGAUAGCGCGAACUUUGGCAGGCAAAGUUUUUCGCAUAAAAAAUUAAAGAACAUGCACGAACAGCAAAAUCAACAGAAGGAGCAUCCCACGGAUGCCAAGGAGUCUAGGGAGCAGGACCCGUCGUCGCCGCAGCUGUUUGAUUCUAUUGAAAUAUUAAACGAACGAAAAUUUAAUAAACCCAUUGGGGCGGAGCAGGUGCAGACAGGUGAGACGGCCAUUGGCGAUAUCGAGGACAAUCUGGAUAAUGAUGAGGAAUCGGACCAGCAGCAGCAGCAGCAGCAGGAGCAGGAAGAGGACGAGCAGGAGGACGAGGAGGAGGAGGAGGAGGGCUUUAAGUCGUCCAUUGACAAUGAUGAAUUGGCCAAGAGAUACUAUCCGCCGACAACCACGACGGAGCCAACCACCCUGCCCACAACCACCUCCACCACCAGCACCACAACAGCAAGGACCUCCACCACGACCAGCACAACUACUCCGAGGACAACCACAACUUUGCGAACUUCGAGGACUCCCCAACAGCAGCCAACAAUUGGCCGCAAACUGAAGCGCCAUGGAAGUGCUUUCGGGCCAAAGGAGCCUCAGAGCCCGGAAAAUAGAUAUUAUGAAAUAGCCAGGAUCAAGCAGGAGCAGGAGGAGACUGCCAGCGUGGGCGAGCUGCACUACUACGACACGGGGAGCAACUACAACCAGAAGCUGGCCACAUACGAUCCGGAAAAGUCCGAGGAAAAUUACUUGAGUGGUCAGCAUCCCAGACGGAAUGCCAGCGACAGGCGGGGAGCGUCCUCCGCCCGCUUCCUGGACGACGAGUACUCCGAGCCCCAGCCGCCCCCGGAGGAGCAGCGGCAGUGGGAGAGUCCGGCAGGGAAGGCGGACGAGAGGGACGGAAAUGCGGAGGGCUUCGGGGUUGGCAAAUUGGAAGCCGAUUUGGAUUCUGGAGCACAGCGAUAUCACUCGGGCUCCUUGGCAACAGCCACGCCCACCCCCGCCAGCGCCUUCGAGCGGUUCAAGGCGCUGCGUCGCAGCCGCCAGCGGACAGGACACAAGAGCCACAAGAAGCGGUACAAGGACUACCUGAAGUGGCAGGACCCCCAGGCCUCCACACCUGGAACUUUGUUGCCGCGACACCUCCAGAAGCUGCAGAAGGAGCAGGACAUGGAGCGGGAGCGGGAAAGGCAAAAGGAAAAAGAAAAGGAGAAGCAGCGGCCGCUGGGCCACACCCCGCCCAUCUUCGCCCUGGGGCUGCGACCGGCGAAGCCUUUCUACGAGGGCCAGGUGAGCUACUACGACAAGCAGGAGCCGGUCCAGGACCUGGAGCAGGAGCAGCAGGACAUGGAGCACCGCACGGAGAUGGAGCGGCUGAUAGCCCACAACAACGGCAACUGGUAUCGCAGGAUCAGUCCGGUUCUGAGGAACGGCGUCAAGAGCGGAGUGGAGCUGAAGCACCACCACCACCGGGGUCACCCCUUGGGGCACCACCAGGGGCACCACCAGGGCCACCACCUGAGCCACCACCAUCUGCAGAACCACCACCACCAUCACCACCACCAGAACAGCCACAAAUCCAACCACCUGCGCUCGCGACCCAGUAAUCCCUACCAGAGGAAGCCCUCGGCACAGAACUCCAUGGCAGCACCUCCUCCCGGACCCGAACCCGCCCCCCUUCCAGAAGCCGCACCAGGAUCUGAGCCCGUACCCCAGCCCACUCCCACUCCGCCAAUACCGCCACCGAAACAGGAACUAGGCCACCAGAUAACCGAACUGGAGCACCUGGAACGCUACUACGCCAAGUGGCCGCACCUAGCCCGGGUGCAGUUCCAGGUCUACGACGAGCAUUACCGCGAGGCCCACCCGGAGCUGUACGAGGACUACGAGGACGACGACUACGAGAGCGCUGCGGAGCUUGAGGAGGCCCAGCAGGAGAACGGCGAGGAAGCCAACCUGCCGCCGUACAUCAAGAAGUACAACCGGCGGAACAAGCAGCUCCUGAACCUGCUCGAGGGCACCCUGCCCACGCCCACCGCCUUCCCGCCGGCGGGUGGGGCCGGCAGCCCCCCGCCCCCGCACCUGGACGACGAGUACUUGCAGGAGAAGCGGCGUCGCUACCACCAGCACCACUUCGAGGACCUGUUUGCCCAGCAGAAGAGUGCCGCCGGGCACAAGGACAGCAAAGGCCAGGCGGAUGAGGCGGUAGCCACCACGCCGUUCAGCAACCACCUGCCGGAGGACUCCCCGGAAGGCGAGUACCCGGCCGUGCAGCAGCCGAAGGCCCCGGACUUCUGGCCCGGAAAGGUGCAGGUGGUGGUAGCCCCGACCUCCACCCCGAAGCCAGCUCUCUUCAAGCUGCCCUCGUACCCGGCCAUCGCGGGAAGCUUUCUGGGAACACCGCGCAGUCGCAGCGCCCAGUUCGUAGCCAACGUGGCAGGCAGGGGUCAGAGCAGCUGGACCCAGAACUCGACAGGAUCGGCAGGCGCGGCCGGAGCAGCCGGCGGAGGAGUGGGAGCAGCAGUCGCCGCAGGAUCUCCACCGAGGGGGGCUCCCUCGCCGCUGAACUCCUUCGUCUACCACCGGGUGGUGGAUGGUCCUGGCAAUGCUAAUGGCGUCCCGCCGGUCUCCGGGCUGGUCGGAAGCGGAAUCGGAAUCGGAAUCGGACGCAGACAGUCGCGGCUUCCGUUCGUGGCCAUCACGGAUCGGCGGAUGGAGUCCUUGACCGGCAAGAGGUCCCUGGCCGAGCGACACAAAGACUUUCAGCAGAAUCACUUUGCGAUGCCUUAGGUUGCGAGAGGGGAACGUCCUUCGAGGAGGGCCCAGUAGAGGAGGAGACAGUACGAAGAGUCGAAGAGCAGGGUUGGAAACCGGAAGCGGAGUGAGGAGCGCCCUCCACUCGAGAAGAAUCAGAUUCGCAUCUCCCCCAAAUGUUAUCCUGUGUUGCCCCAACGUAGCUGAAAAGUCUAGACUGAUAUUGAAGUGUUUUCGAAGCCCCUGUUUUUUCGAAGCUCCAGUCCACAAUAACCGAUGCCAGCCAGCUUUAACUAACAAUCGAAGUAAUCGAACUAAUCGAACUAAUCGAAGUAAUCGAGUCUAUCGAUAUCGGAAUUAAGGCCCUCUCCAGCUUUCCAGCCCUGUUCAGAACUCAAGAAGUCUUAACAUAAAUCUAGAACUAUAUUAUAGUCGCCGCUUUCGGAUGUAUAAUUUUUGGUGUUUUGUGUUUUACGAGGAACGAAGGGAGGAAGGGAGGAAGGACGAAGGAUCUAGAGAUAAUUAUCGAGGAAGUCAUUUGUCUGGUGGAAUCAUUAAUCGGUAAUCGGUAUAAUUAGAAAAGGUAAAACAGAAGUAAAAUUUAAACUAAGAGAUACAAUUUUUUUGUGUAUAAAUAGCGAAUAACACCAACACACCUGUAGACACACACACACAAACACCCACACACACACACACAGCCCACACACACUCUAAGAGCUGUUAGAAAUCAAAAGUGAUAAUCGAAAAAAAGGAUAUAUAGGCCACCUAGUUUGUUUAAUUGGAGUUCCGAGUUCCGAGGAAGAGUUGCUUUUUGGAGUCCAAGUAGACGCUUUCUGCCCGCCCCUGCACGCGAGAAUCCAACGAAAUAGGUUUCAAAAUUGAACGGAAAACUGAAAAUUUGUAGAACGAUUAACCGAAGCACUGAGUUUGAAAGCGUUUAUUUAGACAGUUUAAGACAGUUUAGUAGAACGCAGACACGAGGCGCCAAGCUGCUGAAACAUUGUACGAUAAGAAGGGCUCGAAGCUGCUCUUAAAUUUAUGGACAGUCCGAGGGAACGCUCGGUAAUCCGUGAGAACUCCCCCCCCACAAACUUGGCAAAUUAACAAUACUUUGUGCUGGGAAAGCGCUCCUCAAAGCUUCUGCCGAAUUACGAGCUUAAAGACACGAGUUUUCCGCAAGCGGAGAAAGGAAGAGAAAACGAAGAGGAGCCGGAAUGGCCAGAGAAGCUGAUGCAGACUGGGAGAUGCGAGAUGCAAUGCAGCGUAAUUAACAUAUCAAAGCGGGACGUGAGUGGCAGAAAGAGGAGCAAUUGAAGCCGAAACCGAGAGCAGUUCAAGCCGGUCCGAGAAUGUUUAAUUUAAAAUUGUUAAAUAUCAAGGACUAAGGCCACACGAGAUACGCCCAAGGACGAGGGACGGCAACUGCAGGAGCAUUCUGUUAAAUUUAAUUGGAAUCGCAGUACCGGAGCGGAGUGGAGUGGAGUGGAGGAGGGAGAACGUAACGAAGCCAGCACGAGGCAGCCCUCAAAGGUAUCAGCGUAUCAAAAAAUAACAAUAGUAUAAAGUUAUUGAACCCACACCCGAACACAGCACACCCAGAGCGACACACACACACACACACAACACCCCUAUAAGACAUGUAUACACAUCUCAUUAUGUGGUAAAAUUUUAAUGGAAUGAAAUUCAAUAAAGCAACAAUUUAUUAUUUACGCAUAA